CCUCGUGUCGGCGUUGCAAGUUGGUAGCGAGGAAACCUUUCGUCGUGUCUCGCUUGGUCGUGUGACCACAAAAGCAAAAUGGCGAUUGCUCUACUAAUAGCAUUCUUUUCGUUUGUUCYGCGGGGGAGCAUUAGCAACAAUGGGUCUGCGGCCCAAAGAGGCCCGGCUCGAUUUGAAGUUCUAUCGAUAGUUUCGUUGAUGGUGUCUGUGCUGUUGCUCGGCGAAACACGGGACACGGCGCUCGCCCUUUCCUCGCCGUCGCCCAUGGGAAGCCUCGAUGCCCUCGUAUCCCGCAUCCAGACCGCACAAUGUGCRCUCCAGGUAUCUGUGGGGCGAAUUCCGGGGACCGCCAUGCCAAAAGAGUGGGCGRCAUCGGGGGCCAAACUCGGUUUUCUGUUGGAAGUGGAGUUUUGCGAUGAGCCGUGUGCCGAUUUCGAAAUGACCAAGGAACGCCUGUUGCUGGGACUGCCGUCCGCUCCGGGAACAGCCUCACCGUCGACACGGCCUCCAUCUGGGAGCUUCAAGGCUGUCGAGCCCCUCAACGAUCCGACCUUUGUCACAGCCGAAGGUCAACAAACCAUACAAGUUACGGAAGGAGCUUAUGGCUGCGACCUCCAAAACUUCCAAUCACAGCAAUACGGGUUGCGGUUCUUUUUGGAUUUCCCGGAGGGGGCCAAGCGGAACGACGUCGAGCUCCCGGCCGAAAGGAUUUAUUUCAUCUCUUCGUGCUGGAUCAAGGACGAGGUGGCCCUCGAACGGGCCCGAAACCGCCACAAGGAACUGAGGAUGCGUCUGGGUGAACUCCGAGAGAAUCUCUCGUCGCUGUCAUCGGACCAGCAGGGGAUUCUGGGCAAGGUUAUGGGUCUGCGACAAAUGACCUUGUGCGUGGAACAGAUAAAGGCACUGGAAGACCAGCUCGCCGAACUCGAGCAGACAUAUCCCUUGCAAGAGCCGGAAAUGAUUACUUCAGAUUCUCCGCAACGACGCCGAGAAUUUCUAGAAGGCCCCAAGGGCCUGCUCUUUGCCAAGGAUGGAGUCAUUGCUGUCAAACGAUAUCGUGGAGCGAUGGAAACCCGAGAGCAAUAUCACUGGGUAGGAACCUUUUCUUUUGAGGAAUUUUUUGAGGAUUUAGACGGAGAUGAGUAGGAGGGAGGGAGUUCAAAGUAACAACUACGAUGACAUUCGGUGAAGAGAGGAAAGCCGAAUCAGUGGGAGUUUCACCGGCCAACCACGCAAAGAACAUACGGGCUACUCAACCGCCUUUUGUCGAUGCGACGAUGUUCUAUCGAUCGAGACAAUUGAACUUGACUUUUGUCGAAGAGAUGGACAAAUCAAUUUUGGAGUGCAAAAAAGAAAAUGUCACGUACGAAAUAUUCAAUAUGUGAAUACAACAUGGCUUUCUGAAAAUUAUGAUACUGCUACCGGACGACACAAUUCAUGCUUUCAGUCAACCAAAUUUCUUUGAUUUUUAUUGCAAUGUACAAAAUAUAUCAAGACAUCUUGU